AUGCCACGUAAAGUACGUUAUUUUACAAAACAAGAACAAAAAGAAGCUGAUGCCGCUAGAAAGCAGAAAAGCAAAAACUUGGAAACUGAAACACAAUGUCAGCAGAGACUUGAAAAUAAUAAUAAUGCCCAACAACAACAAAUUCAAAAUACAAGCCAUAAACAUCAUGCUAAUAGUUCUCAACUACGUAAUCUUGUCUAUGGUUUUUCAAAAGAUAAAAGCAGCUACCCUAUUCCACACAAAGUCGAUGUUGUUAAUUAUGCUAACUGUACCUAUUGCAAUGCAUUAAAGUUACCUAUGGAAAUUCAUAAAAUGUGCUGCUCGAAUGGAAAAGUCGCAUUAGCAGAGCUGGAUACACUAAAUGAGUUGUACUAUCAAACAAACGCCAUUUCUAAUUCCAACCUUAAUAUGAAGACAAUACAAGCUUUAAAAGCUAGGCUUGAUCAAGUUAAUCCCUAUGUCGCUACUUUUCAUCAUAUUUCAUCUUUACCUGUAGAAAAUAUUAAAAAUUUAACAGUACAACUUCAUACUAACAUUUCUGGCCUUGAUCAGAGAACUCAUAAUGCACCAACUGCUUCUCAGGUUGCUGCUAUUUGGAUUGAUAAUGAUGUGCCUAAUGAAAUGGUUCAAAAGCGUGACAUCAUAUUAUAUAUGUCAAUGGAUUAA